AUGGUUGAUCAACAAGACAAAAGCCAGCGAACUGGUGAACCAGAUCAUCAGCCUCAAGCAACUGCAGGGUCUACUCCGAAUAACGACGCAAGAGAGCGACAGAAGAUAGUCGACCUCAAAGUCACCCAUAUUCUGCUUUCUGUCUUCUUCCUCUGGCUUGCUAUUGUGCAUGUUAUUGGCGUCCUCUUUUUUGCAAAAGGCUUUCUUCUUACCCGGCUGGUGCUGGACAAUCGGUCGGAAUGUGGUGUACUACCUAAUGGCGAACAACCAGAAGCUUCCACUGGAUGCUGGCAUCCGAAAACAUUUGACCGAGCAGUGGUCCUAGUCAUUGACGCUCUCCGAUACGAUUUCACUAUUCCUUCUCAUCGCUCGUCAAUCGAGCCCCAGCCGAAAUAUUAUUUGAACAACUUGCCCAUCUUGCAUAAAACGGCGGUUUCUUCUCCUGCGAAUGCGUUCCUCCUACCAUUCAUCGCUGAUCCUCCCACGACUACUCUGCAGAGACUGAAAGGAUUGACGACAGGUACUUUGCCUACAUUCAUAGACAUUGGCUCCAACUUCGCAGGUACAGCGAUUGAGGAGGAUAACAUUAUCUCUCAUCUGAAGGAUGCUGGAAAGACGGUGGUCCAUCUUGGGGAUGACACAUGGCAUGCAUUGUUUCCUGGGUAUUUCGAUCCCAAUAUGACGCGCCCGUACGACUCCUUUAAUGUUUGGGAUCUUCACACCGUGGACAAUGGUGUUAUAGAGCACAUCAUCCCGCUCCUAGCAAGUCCGCCAGGUGAAUGGGAUGUGAUUUUUGGCCAUUUCCUUGGUGUUGAUCAUGCCGGACAUCGUUAUGGACCAGAUCAUCAAGCCAUGGCAGAGAAGCUCAAUCAGAUGAACGGUGUCUUGCAGCAGAUCAUCAGUAAGAUAGAUGAUGACACACUCCUCGUUGUCUUAGGCGACCACGGAAUGGACCCGAAGGGUGACCAUGGUGGAGAGUCUGACGACGAAGUAGAAGCGGCCUUGUGGAUGUAUUCUAAGAAACCCCGAUUCGGCAGGAUAGAUGCAUCAGCUCUAUUACCGCCAGCUACUGCCAAAGAACGACCUGUGGGUCAGAUUGAUCUUGUUUCAACCAUGUCUCUACUUCUCGGUCUGCCUAUUCCCUUUAACAACCUUGGCAAACCAAUUGUUGAGGCGUUCGCUGGUCCUGGAAAACCUGACUGGAAAACUCUCACCAAUGUUCACCAACUGGCGCAAAGUCAAAUUGCAAGAUACCAGGACCAUUAUUCAAGGUCACGGGAUCUUGGACUUGAGAAUGUUGUCCACAAGCAUCAAUCACAACUCCUCGAAAUCGCAAACCGUGCAGCAUCUGCAGGGCAAUGGAAAGAUGCGUACGAGGCCUACUCCGAGUGGCAGCACGAAACGAUCUCCAUGUACAGAAAGCUUUGGGCGAACUUCAACCUUACAGACAUGCUUCUCGGCGUCGUCAUCUCAUCCCUGGCUCUAGUCUCUUUGUUUCUAUUCUCUCGGUUCUCAAGAGGUGACAGUUCAAGCCUUACGGCUGGCCUCCUCAGAGUGUCAACUCUUGGUUCGGUUUUGGGAGCAGCAUCCGGAGUCUCACUACCAUUCCUACUACCCUCACACUUUUCUACUUAUGGCGGUAUUUUUUUCGGCGCCAGCAUCAGCGGCAUUGCAAGUGCGGCAAUUUGGGCGUACCGCAACCAGCUGAUUGGAGGCGUUCUAAAACCUUCUAUUUGGGGAGGCAUGGCUGCAAUUUUUUGUCUAGCCCAAUGCGCAGGGUUUGCCUCUAAUUCAUACACGAUUCACGAAGACACGAUUCUCCUUUUCUUUCUGACAUCCUUUGGCAUCAUUUCACUGAUGUCCUCCUUGCGCCAGGCUUCUAAGAGCGACCGCGUCUUAGGGACUUAUCAAUCGGUGGUUUUCAUUUUCCUCACCAGACUCGCUUCUUUCUCGCGGCUAUGUCGCGAAGAACAGAUGCCAGGCUGUCGAUCAACCUUUUACGCUUCCUCAAAUUCUUCCACUUCUGCUCCAUGGCAUUUGUUGAUACCUUUCACAGUUGCCCUUGUCCUGCCCGAGAUAAUAAAAUCAUUCUACAACACAACGGCAUCGUAUGCAGCCUCAGCAGGCUUUUGGAUCGGAUUCACCUUCCGGAUGGGACUGGUCCUUGUUGCCGCAUAUUGGACUAUCGAUGCCGCCGAUAAUGGUGACUGGCUUCAAGAAAACUUCUCUUCCUCCUCAUUAAAGACUGCCGGCAUUGUGCUCGCACGUUCUGCCCUGGCAGUCGCCAUACCAAUAGGCAUUGGCACUUUUGUCUGGGCAAAACCAUGCAUUGACAUAGAGAUCGCAGAGUCUGUGCAAUCUUUGGCCGUUGGCUCAACGAAGACGAAUCCAGCUCGUCCUCAAGUGACUAUCUAUGGAUACGCCAAUGUCUACGGGACGCGAUAUUUCCUCCUUGUACCAGUGCUGGUACUGACCAUCACUCUCCUUCUACCACCAAUGGGUCAAUUCAGCAUGGCAAUCCUGACAUGGCAGAUCCUGUGCCUGCUCGAAAUCCUGGACACCAACAACCUGACAAUCACCUCACGGUAUAAGUCGUCUAUCGGACCCAUCGUGCUCGCCAUGCUGGGCAGCUACCACUUCUUCAAAACUGGACACCAAGCAACCCUCGCAUCUAUCCAGUGGAACAGCGCGUUCGUCCCACUCCGCACAAUCCGAUACCCUUGGUCGCCGGUGCUCGUCAUGCUCAAUACAUUUGGAGCACAGAUCCUCUGCGCGGCCGCGGUACCUCUAACGGUGCUGUGGAAGCGACCGGUGGGUAGAUCCACAGGCCUGAGCCGAGGCAUCUGGAAUGACGUGCUAACUGCAUGUCUGACACACCUGCUGUACUAUGCGGCCAUCGCGUUGGCUACGACCCUGUGGGCCGGUCACCUCCGGCGGCAUCUCAUGCUGUACCGCGUGUUUAUGCCGCGCUACUUGAUGGCGAACGGCGUUUUGGUGAUAGUGGACUUCGUGCUGCUAACAGUGGCGCUUGCUGGUGUACGGGUCACCGGUUUGAGCGUAGGAGAAGUCUUUGGGUACUAG